CCAGUUUCAUGCUGGGAGGAGAGGGGUUAACUCCCUGCUGCCUCAUGCACAGGAGCUGAGAUCAGGGACUGAGACCAGGGACCUGCUCACUUCUGUCCCAACCUUGGACUCAGCGCUGACCUGGUUCCAGGACAUUGCAGGGACUCUGUGCUGCAGCUUAUUCUCCUCUUUCUUAGCCUGUCAUUGAACUUGCAGCUGUCUCAUAAUAAUGGCUACUAAGAUUGACAAGGAAUCCUGCAGGGAAGUUUACAAUGAAGUUAGAGAUGACACCAAUGAUAUUAGCUGGGCAACGUUUAAAUAUGACGGUAGCACAAUUGUUCCUGGAGUCCAGGGUGCAAACUACGAAGACUUUGUAAAUACCUGUACAGAUGACAACAGACAGUUUGCAUAUAUCAGAUUUACCACCGGAGACGCCCUGAGCAAGAGGGUUAAAUUUACGUUAAUCACCUGGAUCGGUGAGAACGUUAGUGGGCUCCAGCGAGCCAAGAUCGGUACAGACAAGACGUUGGUGAAAGACGUUGUGCAGAACUUUGCCAAAGAGCUGGUAAUCACAGACCACAAAGACCUGGACGAAGACUAUAUUAGGAGCGAGUUGAAGAAGGCUGGUGGUGCCAAUUAUGAUGCCCAGACAGAAUAAGGGCAUCCCAUGCCCAGAUGCUGCUUUGCCGGAUCAAGCGCAAAAGUCGUCUCGGUGAAAACAACUGGAAACUGGUGGAAACUAUAUUACAGACAACAACAAAAAAACUGGUUAUUUCUUUGCCUACGUUUCUCCCUUCUGGUGACCCAGCCAGGUCUCCUGUAGCCCAUCCUAUGGUCUGGUGAAAUUGAUCUCUCCCCCCCCCCCCCCCCCCCAGCCAGGCUGGUUUCGCCGUGGUUACUGCACAAUUACCUAUGCUGCCAUCUCUCAUAUACUUCACCCACAAGAGCCGCCAUGUAUUCCAUAACAAUGCCUUGGACUGCAUAAGCCGUUACUCACCGGACGUUCGCUAUUCCGACCCGGAACCCACUACCCUUCUGCACUUCCAUAUAUUUGUGUCUUUUACUUUAGAACGUUCAAUAGAAUUGUAAUAGUCUUAGAUGUAAUCGGAAACCAGAAACUGACGCAAGAAACGGUGUCUGACUCCCAGCCCCCAUCGUGGUGUUAUCCAGCUGUCCGUUCUGGAGGAUGAUUAUUGUAGCUGGAUAGAUGGUUUCCCUGCAUGUAAUAACAGCCAGAUCCUGUCAUACCGCAGGCAGGGUUAUAUCUCGUUAGUAUUCUGUGCACAAUGCAACACUCUGAUUUUCCAUAGUAACACAACCCUUUAGGUGAAUGUGCGCCCAUUCCUUCUCGCCCCUGAGCUCCGCUGCUGGUUUGUGUGGGAAGUUUUUUUGUUUGUGCUUUUUAAUAGGACCAGAUCUCAAAAUAAGAUUUUAGUGUUUGUGGGUUGUACAUUCCAGCUGGCGCACAGUGCUACAGAUAUAACCAGAAUCUAUGGCUGUGCAUGUACAUUCCAGCAAAUAAAGGCUCCACGUGAUUCCCUUAUAAUCCAGUAACCCCAUCCCCAUAAUAGCACCUGGCUGCAGCACAUGAGGAAUAACACAACGCAUCAUGCAGCGUUACUGGGUGUUACAUUAACAGAAGCUGAUAUUUGCAGAAAGUUAUUCAUCACUUAUAAAAUGGGAUGUGAGAUUCCAAUCUGUGUCUGUGAUUAGUCAGUGCUACUGGACGGGUUACAGCAGGAUAGUGUUGCCCUGGCUCUGAAAGUACGUCGCCACGCCUCAGGGUGGCAAUAGAUCUUUAGGGGAGGGGUAAACAACAGAAAGAUUAGACAGAGGGGGUCAUUCCGAGUUGAUCGCUCGCUAGCUAUUUUUUUGCAGCGCUGCGAUCAGAUAGUUGCCGCCUAUAGGGGUGUGUAUUUUUGCUUUGCAAGUGUGCGAUCGCAUGUGCAGCCGAGCGGUACAAAAAAGUUUUGUGCAGUUUCUGAGUAGCUCAGAACUUGCUCAGCCGCUGCGAUCACUCCAGCCUGUCCUGUUCUGGAAAUUGACGUCAGACACCCGCCCUGCAAACGCUUGGACACGCCUGCGUUUUUUCCAAACAUUCCCAGAAAACGGUCAGUUGACACCCAGAAACGCCCUCUUCCUGUCAAUCUACUUACGAUCGGCUGUGCGAAUGGAUUCUUCGUUAAAUUCAUCGCUGAGGAACGAUCCGCUUUGUACCCGUACGAUGCGCCUGCGCAUUGUGGUGCAUGCUCAGUAGUGACCUGAUCACAGUGCAGCGAAAAAUCCUAGCGUGCGAUCAGGUCGGAAUGACCCUCACAGACUCUUCUCUUAUCACCCUUCUUCCUGUACUUAAUAUUCUUUGUUCUCACAUAUGGUGGCGUUGAAUGCACCCGUCUGGCCAACUGGUAAGACAAAUGGUCCGUGAACUGGAAUUGGGAGGGACUGAUUACUGCUCAGAAAAACCACAUUAAAAAAAAUUAAAGAUUUUUUUUUUUCAAAA